CCGUGGAAACCACACGGACAUUUUCCUUCCGUGCCAGCCGCUGAGGAGAAGGAAGGGAGCGAGAACAGAAUUAGCGUCCUCCGCCCUCCAUGCUAAUCCUAUUUGUUAAGGAGAUUUGCCAUAAAGCCAAUGCUUCCAGGCGGCUUCCAUGGCCGAAUUACCACACCGCACAGCUCCGAACAGUGGGAGUGAGAGAGGCGACUGCAGGUCCGAGGCCGCGGAGAGGGGUCCCCGCCCGGGCACCGCCUGGGCGCUGCUCCGGCUCCGCUCUCUCCUCCUGCCUCUCGGGCCCUCUGGCCCCAGCGGUGCUUUAUCCGUCAAAACCCCGAACAAAAACUGUAGGCAACAAGGAGGCUGGACACAGAUGCUUAGACCCCCGGGCCAGUGUUCCCUGCUCUGCUCCUCGCUUCCUUGUGCCCUGGCUUGGCUCACACUUGCCUGCACGCUCUGUCCUGGCUGCCUGUUCGAGGAUGGCCUUUGCGGACCGACGGAGGCCUGCGUAAAUGACCAUAUGGCUCUCAGAGCAGCCCAGAGCGUCCUGGGGGAGGAAACCAGCAAUUCACUCCAGUCCUCAGCUCCAUUUUCCCUUCAUUUUCAUGGAAACCAUGGAGUGUUUGGAAGGUGCCAGAAGGUUCCGGCGAUAGACAUAUACCGCUAUGAAGUGUCGCCCGUGGUUCUGCAGCACCUGAGGGUCACCUUGCAGAAGCUGUCCCGCACAGGUUUCACGUGGCAGGAUGACUACACGCAGCGUGUGAUGGCCCAGGAACUUGCGCACCUACCCAAAACCUACCCAUGGCAUCCUGAAGUUUCCAACCCAGCCAGGACCUCAAAACAGAAUGUGGAUAAUGAAAGGAGACACAGCCUGGAGAAUGACGUGGUCCUGGCCAAGACGCUGCAGCGCUACCUGCCGUACCUGGGGGCUCUGUCUCAGGCCACAGCUGCAAAUGUGUACCCCAGGAAGAAGCAUGACAAAGCCCCAACUGAGGGUGAUGGCCCAUUUCCUGAGAGCAUCCUGACCUACGUGGCCCACACAUCUGCACUGACCUAUCCUCCCGUGCCCCGGGCCAAGUACCCUGAGGACCUCCCACUGCGCACCUUCAGCCGACUCCAGCCGGAUGAGCUCACUCCCAAGGUGGACAGCGGUGUGGACAGACAGCACCUGAUGGCGGCUCUCAGCGCCUACACUGCUCAGAGACCCCCUGCGGCCUCCAGGGAGGGCGACCCGGGGCUGCAGUAUCUCCUGCGUGAUCCCUCAAGAGCACCGAGGCCCUUCUCGGCACCAGCAGUCCCCCAGCAGUGGUCCUCACCUCCAGGAGACCCAAAAGACCCCAGCAUGGAUGAUGGAGACCUCAUUCAGAACCUGCUCAAGGACCUGAGGAAGCAGCAGGCCGAGGUGGACAGCCUGAGCUCCCUGGAGUUGGAUGAGAUGGCAAACAUGAUUGCCAACGUGAUGCAAGGUGGGGGUGCAGGAGGAGGUCAGGCCAGCCGCGCGAGAGGAGCCGCAGGGGAGCCGAGAGAGCAGGUGGACAGCCCGGCAGGCGCGCUCCAAGAUAACAGGGUACACGGUGAUGAUGGUGGUGAUGAUGAUAGAGUUUACCAAGAGGUCAAUCGUUUGAGCGUCAAACUGGGCGACCUCUUGCAGGACCGCGGAUCUCGGCUGUCCCCUGGGAGCCCCACCCCUGCAAAGUCGUUCAAAACGGAGAUGAAGAAAUCGGAGGAACCGGAAGCUUCCCUGUCUUCGGAAGAGGAGACUGCUGGGGUGGAAGACGUGAGAAGCCAGACUUACUCCAAAGACCUGUUGGAGAUGCCGAAUUCCGAGCCCAGGGUGCACAGGCUCCAGGAACCCCCAGACUGGACCCGAGGGCCUUGGAAGAAGCAGCAAAGCCUUCAAACAGGAGCCCGGGACCCUGCCAGGGAGGGCUUGCAGCUGGAGGUCAAGUCUUCAGAGGAAGAGGAGUACGGCUACGUUGUGACACAGCGCGACCCCCUGAGCCUGGAGAAGGGGAGGCGACUGAUGGAGGACAUCGCCCGGCUCCUGCAGGUGCCGCCCAGCGUCUUCGCGGACAUCAAUGUUCUGGGAUCCGCAGUGACCUUCAAGGUGAACGCCAAUGUCCAAAAUUUAACCACUACAGACGUCGCCAAGGCCACAGUGGACAACAAAGACAAACUGGAAAAAGCUUCUGGAUUGAAAAUUCUUCAAACCGGAACCGGGUCGAAAAGCCAGCUGAAGCUCCUGCCACACCAGGCGGAGCAAGAGGACUCCACCAAGUUCAUCGUGCUGACCUUCCUGUCCGUCGCCUGCAUCCUGGCCGUCCUCCUGGCUUCGGGCCUCCUCUACUGCAUCCGCCACAGCUCUCACUACAAGUUGCGGGAGAAGCUGUCAGGACUAGGGGGCCACCCAGGUGCCGAUGCCACUGCCGCCUACCAGGAGCUGUGCCGCCAGCGCAUGGCUGUGCGGCCAUCGGACCGCCCCGAGGGCCAACACACGUCCCGCAUCAACAGCGUCUCAUCCCAGUUCAGUGACGGGCCAAUGCCCAGCCCUUCUGCCCGGAGCAGCACCUCGUCCUGGUCCGAGGAGCCCGUCCAGUCGAACAUGGACAUCUCCACCGGCCACAUGAUCCUGGCCUACAUGGAGGACCACUUGAAGAACAAGAACCGGCUGGAGAAGGAGUGGGAGGCGCUGUGUGCCUACCAAGCAGAGCCCAACAGCUCGCUCGUGGCCCAGAGGGAAGAGAAUAUGCCCAAGAACCGCUCCCUGGCCGUGCUGACCUAUGACCACUCCAGGAUCCUGCUGAAGUCCGAAAACAGCCACAGCAACUCGGACUACAUCAACGCCAGCCCCAUCAUGGAUCACGACCCAAGGAAUCCUGCCUAUAUCGCCACCCAAGGACCACUUCCCGCUACCGUGGCCGACUUCUGGCAGAUGGUGUGGGAGAGCGGCUGCGUGGUGAUUGUCAUGCUGACACCCCUGACGGAGAACGGCGUCCGCCAGUGCUACCACUACUGGCCCGACGAAGGCUCCAACCUCUACCAUGUCUAUGAGGUCAACCUGGUCUCUGAGCACAUCUGGUGCGAGGACUUCCUGGUGCGGAGCUUUUACUUGAAGAACCUGCAGACCAACGAGACACGCACGGUGACCCAGUUCCACUUCCUGAGUUGGUAUGACCAGGGAGUCCCUUCCUCCACGAGGCCUCUCCUGGACUUCCGCAGAAAAGUAAACAAGUGCUACAGGGGCCGUUCUUGUCCCAUAAUUGUUCAUUGCAGUGACGGCGCGGGCAGGAGUGGCACCUACGUCCUGAUUGACAUGGUUCUCAAUAAGAUGGCCAAAGGUGCUAAAGAGAUUGAUAUCGCGGCAACCCUGGAGCACUUGAGGGACCAGAGACCGGGCAUGGUUCAGACAAAGGAGCAGUUUGAGUUUGCGCUGACCGCCGUGGCCGAGGAGGUGAACGCCAUCCUCAAGGCCCUCCCCCAGUGAGCUCGCAUCCGGCUGGAGCCUCGGAGGAGCCCCUCCCCCCUCCCGUGAGCAUCUUCGGGAUUCGUGAUACGACUUCAAUUGUGUGUCUCCUGUUGUCACUGCAUAGUAAUAGGGUCCUUAAAACUCCUGUAGUCCGUACAAUUUAGCAAUUCAAAUGUGCAUUUCUGUUUGACCAAAUAAUCAUCGAAAGGGGUCCGUGGAAAUAUUCGGUUAUUUUCACUUUCUUUAAGAAAACAUGACUUUUCCUUGAAGCACACGUUUCACUGUCUUACUUGCCAGCAACAAUGAUGAAUGACGCAGCCAUUGACCUGCCGGGUGGGCUCCAGAACUGUUUGGCUGUGGUCUGGGAGUGUCUUCCAGGAAUGAAGGCCACCCGGGGUCGAAGCCACGUUUGGCAUUUGUCCCCAGCAUCAGAAGAACUACUGGCCCAGGACAGUGCACCUCCUGCAGCGUGGGGCAAAUGACAAGAAAGCCACCACAGCAGGGGCUCCCCUGCCCCCGGACAGACACCAUCGUCGCAGCCCCUGGCGGGUAGCACCUGCUCUUGAAGCCAGGACCUCACCCGACCACCGACCACCGCAGCUUUGCAAAGUUACAGAGGAGCUGCAGCCCGGAGAUGUGUUUUUAAUGUGCUAAUACUGAGUUCUGCAUUGCAAAAUCUAAUGCUUUCCUGUGAGAGGCCCAAAAUGGACCAGAAGGAACCUGGACACUCGGAGGCAUCCGCAGGCCCUCCAGGGAAUGACCCAGGCCCUGCCAGGCCAAGGGAAGGUUCUGGGUCCCUCCUUCCUGGGGAGGCCCCCGGGGAAGGGAGGAAGAUGCUGUAGGGCUGGCUUUCCCGGUGUGGGAUGUUAGCACCUGGGAGCCACAGCUCACCGCUUCCUCCCGCGCUGUUGGGCUGCUGGGAUCCUUGAAGGAACCACUUGCUGUGUUACCAUGUUGGUGUAAGCAACAGCCGGACGAAUCCGAUUCGGAAAAUAGCAUUGGAACAUCAAUUUCACUACCCGUCCCAGCCUCAGAAAUAGCAAAACUCACCUCAUUGAACAAUCCCGUCCAAGACUGCAUGGAUGAAGAUUUCUCCUUGAAGGUUAAAUACAAGAAAGACACCCCCAUCCUGCCCUGUUCCCCGCCACCCUUUCCUCUUAAACAGGACUUUUCAAAAAGCACUGUAGUAGGGGAAGCGGCCAGUGACCCGGGAGAAAGAUGCCAAAAUGUCAUUUGUCCAUCCAUGGUAUUGUAAUGUAUUUCUGCUUUCCUGUGUCUGUCAUUUUUUUUCCAAAGUCUUUUCCUCUAUCUGGAAUUUAAAUAAUUAAUAGAAAUGAAUUUAUCUGAAUUAUAGGAAGCAUAUACCUACUUGUAAUUUCUAACUUCUUAUGUUUCAAAGAAAUCCUCCAGCGUGAGAUAUAUAAAUAUAUUUAGCUGUGGCAUAUUAGA